GUCAUAUCGCAAACGUGUGCGUGCGCAAUAUCUGUCAUUUUUCAUUGAAAACAUCGUCGCAAAGGAAAACAGUAAAAAGUGUAUCACGAAGACACACUACCAUCAAAUAAUCAAGAGAAACAGAGGAGAGAUAGGGAAAAAAACCACUCGCAAACCAAAUUAUGAUUAUAUUGAUAUUUUCAAAAAAAUCCAUUCCAUUUGACAAUCGACUAAGUGUUUUCUUUGUGGUGUAGACAAUUUACGCGUGAACAAUUUGUGUUUAGUUACAGCAAAACGAAAAGCAAAAAUCGCAUCAAUUGAAACCAUAAAUUUUUCGUGUUUGUGUUUGGAAAAUAAGCGACGAAAAUAUAUAGAUAUAUAUACAUAGAAAGAGAGAAAGAGAUUGAGAGAGUGAGAGACAGAGAGAUAGAAUUGUGUGCCACUUGGAAAAGUGCAAACCAGAAGUUUCACCUCUUGAAAACGCAAAUCCACAUAGAAAAUAUAUAUAUAUAUAUCGAAAAUGACGACCGUGGGCGAUGGAUUGGUGCAGAAAAAAGUGUCCGAGGCUCAGGAACACAUUCGACAAGCCGAGAAAAGUAUGAAAACAGGAUUCCUGAAGUGGCGACCAGAUUUUGAUGUUGCAGCCGAUGAAUAUCAAAAAGCAGCGACAUGCUAUCGAGUAGCCAAGCAAUUAGGACAAGCAAAAGAUUAUUUGUUGAAAGCAUCCGAUUGCUACAAGGAAAAUCGUUCGCUUUUCCAUGCUGCUAGAUGUUAUGAACAGAUCAUUUUGCUCUUGAAAGAGCAAAAUAAAACGGUAGAAAUGGUAGACUUUGCACAUCGAGCAUGUCAAUUGUAUCAACAGCAAGGUUCACCCGAGGCUGGCGCUGGAGCUCUCGAAAAAACCGCCAAAAUGGUCGAAUCCAAAGAUCCUGCCGCUGCCAUUAAUGUAUUACAACAUGCCGUCGAAGUUCUAAUGAUUGAGGAGUCAUCAUCACGACAAGCUGCUGAACAUUUAUCGAAAAUUUCACGACUUCAAAUACGCAUCGAACGGUAUGGUGAAGCAGCCGAUACAAUACGUCUCGAGAUUGGAAUACAUCAAGAAAAUGCAAAUGGUGCUGCCAUUGGUCGUUUGACCGUUGCUUUAGUUCUAGUUCAAUUGGUGCGUGAAGAUUCCGUCGCUGCUGAAAAAGCAUUUAAAGAAUGGGGCAAUUAUUGUGAUGUACAAGAAGCGGUCACACUUGAAACUCUUCUACAGGCUUAUGACGAUGAAGAUUGGGAAGGUGUACAACGGGCAUUGCAAUCACCAUUCAUCAAACACAUGGAUGUUGAUUAUGCUCGCCUAGCAAAUGCCAUUCCAUUGCCCGAAGGAAUUAAAAAUAUGCCGAAAGGUGCAACAAAGCCCACAGUCGUCUCGAAUGCACAACAAGCAUACACUUCACCACCACCGGAAGAGAUCGAGAAAGUGAAGGCGGCAACAAUUGCGGCUGGAAAUUGGCCGGCAGCUGGUGUAUCAAAUGCAGAUAGUAAAGAUCCACCGCCACCGUUCCCUGCUCAUGUCGAUGAUGAAGACGAAGAAGGCCUGUGUUAAAUGUAUCGCCAUCAGAAGAAAACAACAACCGAUUCUUAUAUAUUGUUUCCAAUUGCACGUUUACUCUAUUAUCAUAAUUUACCAAAAGAAAAAGAGAAAGAAAGAAAGAAACUGCAGUGAUUUUAAGGAAUUAGAAUUUAAGUGGACAAAAAAAUAACUGAUAAACAAAUAAAAGCAGACAGAAUACAAGAAAAACACCUUCAGAAUAUUUUCGAGAUAGCUGCAAGCAGAACAGAUGAAUAAUGGUGUGCAUCAAAUUUUUGAUUUGUUUCCAAAAACAUAUAAUUAUUGUUGUUUAUUGAUGGCAUCGAAUAACUAGAACUAAUUAUGACAACAGAGCAUAUAUAUUAAUAUAUAAAAACCAACAUAGAGAGAAUGAAUAUUUUUUUGAAAUAUUUAUUGACAAGAACCAGAAUAACAAAGAAAAAAAGUACGGUCAAUCGCUAAUCCACCUUCAAUUCACAUCUUUAAAUUUUCACUCUGUAGAAUAUUAAAAAAAAAAACGCGAAAAAUGAUUUUGACAAAAAAGCUAUGAAUUUUCGCUUUGUUCAUUUUAUGGAUCAAUUAUUUCAAAUCGCUAAAAUUCAUUUAAAGUUGGUAGUUACAAACAAACAAACAAACAAAAGAAAAAUCAUUUGGCAAAUGAGCGAAACGUAAAUCACAUUGAAAAGUGGCAUUUUUUUCUCUCACACAAAAUUGGCUAUAUAACUUCCGUUUGAAAAACAGAAUUCGCCUCUAGUCAGUCAUAUUUAAUCUCUAUAAUGAAAAUUCUUAUCACAACCACACAUUAUGCAUUUUUAAACAUAGGAAACAUUCUAUUGACAAUUUUUGCUAUAUUUGAAAUGAUUUUGUGUUUUUUUCUGUUUUUUUCUUCUUCUUCUUCUUCAUCGAUUCGCCGCUGUAAUCAACAAACAAAGAAAAAAAAAACCAUAAAACAAAAAGAUCUACAUAUUACUAAAGUGUUUCUAAAUAUUCGUUGGACUAAGUAUUUAAAAAAAAAAAAAAUUAAAAAUUAAAUUGAGAAUGAAAAUAAAUAUAGCAUUUUGUUGCCGUGUACGGUAAUGCCUAAUAAUAACAAUA